AUGAGUGCGAGGAGUAGUGGAAGUAGAAGUACCAGUGGAGCAUCAAAAAUGACUAAAGAGUCACCAGAACGUUUGGUAUCGGCGACAGCAGAGAGCAGGAGGCUCGUCCAUGAACCAGAAUCAAUGGAGAGCAGGUCGAGCCCAUACAUAAGACCUGCUCCGUAUAGUGGGGGUGUUCAUCCACAUUUCGAGGAAGAAGAUGAUAGAUCAAAACUGCAUGCAUCUACACUAUAUUCUGAAAGACGGACAUCAUCAAGGAAGUCGUUAAGAUCUCAAAAGAUAGAUUACCAUGCAACAACUAUCAAAUCUCUUUGGUUUGAUUUCUGUGCAAGAACAUCUUCUCAUGGAAUUCCAUAUGUUGCAACAUCCUCAUUCUUCGGACGAUAUGUAUGGGCUGCCCUUUUCAUGUGCAUGUUAAUGGCAUUCUUACUACAAACAUAUUGGACAAUGUCAGAAUACUUACAGUAUCGAACAAUUAUUGAAAUGCAGCUGCAGUUUGAAGCAGCCGCAUUCCCAGCAGCCACUGUAUGCAAUCUGAAUGCAUUCAAAUACAGUGAAUUGAUUCAAUAUGAUGAGAUUAAAGAAGGAUUCGACUAUUGGGAACGAGUGAUAAAUGCCCGAAUGAUGAGUGACAGUAUGAAGCCUGGAGGGGAUAUUCUAGAAGCAAUUAGUGUCAGAAAAAAGCGUGCCCGGUAUCGUGAAGAAUUAGUUUUCCCGAUAGAUGAUGAAGAUCUAGAAGGUGCUGAGUAUCAACCAGUUUUCGUGAGAUGUACUUGUAUGAAUAUGGAGCAAUGUGUUCCAAACAGAAAUCCUUUGGAAGUCAACGCGUCUAUUUGUAUGUGUUUUGAAGAUGUGACACGUGGAUUGAUUUGGCCAUGCUAUCCGACUUCUGUCUGGACUGUCAAGAAAUGCUCUGACUGCUCUAUCUCGAAUACUUGCCCGGAUCCAGAUGGUCCAAACGUUUCCAAACAAGUCGCCAAAAACCAAAAUUCUUUGCCUUGUCUGUGUCAAUCAAUAUCUCAUCAUUGUAUGGUUCAUCCAAAAGAUGAAAUUCGAUGGUGGAACCCAAAUAACUACACUGUUUACUCCGUCACAGAUCCCCCAACAACAGAAAUAACAGAAACAGAAGAAGCAUUCGGAUUGAGUGAUCUGAAAGACGCGGGAGCAAUCACAACCCAGACGAAAGAGAACUUGAUAUUUUUGGUAGCAGCACUUCCGAGAGAUACCAGAAGGAAUUUAUCGUAUACACUCAAUGAGUUUGUGCUUCGAUGUUCAUUCAACUCAAAAGAUUGUAGCAUGGAACGUGAUUUCAAACUACACAUAGAUCCUGAAUACGGUAACUGUUAUACCUUCAAUUUCAAUGAUUCAGUUGAACUUAAAAACAGUCGAGCUGGUCCUAUGUACGGUCUUCGUCUCCUAUUGAAUGUUCACCAAAGUGAUUACAUGCCCACAACAGAAGCAGCUGGUGUCCGAUUAGUUGUUCAUGAACAAGAUCAAGAACCGUUCCCCGACACUUUUGGAUACAGUGCUCCCACUGGAUUCAUCUCUUCUUUUGGAUUAAAAACGAAAGAACUGCAUCGUCUCAGUGCUCCAUGGGGUAAUUGUAGUGACACUUUCCGACCAGUUCCUUAUAUUUACAACGAGCAUUAUUCUCCAGAAGGUUGUCACAGGAAUUGUUUCCAAUUGAAAGUGUUAGAAAUAUGUGGGUGUGGAGACCCGAGGUUCCCACUGCCUACCGAAGAACACCGACAUUGUAAUGCCAAGUCAAGGACGGAUCGUCAAUGUCUAUCGAAUCUGACAAGUGAUUCUGGAGGAUAUCAUCAUCUACACGAACAGUGUGAAUGUCGACAACCAUGCCAUGAGAAGGUGUUCGAAACCGCUUAUUCUGCUUCUGCAUGGCCUAGUAUUAAUUUUAAAAUCGGAACCGAUUGUCCAGCCGUGUCUGACAUCUUCAAUGACACCGAAGCAUGCACAGAAUACUAUCGUCAGAACACUGCGUACAUUGAAAUUUAUUACGAACAAUUGAAUUUUGAAUCACUGAAAGAGACUGCCGGUUACACUCUCGUCAAUCUAUUCUCAGACUUCGGAGGUAACAUUGGAUUGUGGAUUGGUUUCUCAGUUAUCACAUUCGCAGAGUUCUUCGAAUUGUUCUGUGAGAUUGGGAAGCUGAUGUAUAUCAAAGGAGUGAUAUAUGUUCAAAAGAAGAUUCAACGGAAGGAAUACAAGUCAUCCUCUCUGAUGCAUAUUGACUUUCUUCAAAGAUCUCCGAGAAAAGGAACACAACCAGAGCCAGGAGAAGAUGAAGUUUCAACAAAUGAAUCCACUAAAGAACUAAUGAGUAAAUCUUUCAAUUAG